AUGUUCCUCCAUGUAAUUGGAUUCGUUAAAGGAGAAACAAAUCCGAGCAAAUUUUAUUCUACGUUUGGGAAUGGCGUAUAUUAUCAUCAAAGUGAUUUUUCUAAGCAUAGCAGUUUUUUAAAACUACGCGAUUAUCUACAAUCAACCGGCGUUUUACGGAAUGAUUCAUUGAGGAUUAUCUUAAAUCCUGGCAAUAUUCCUGUUGGUCAUUAUGAUCUUAAGUAUCAAUUACAUACUUAUAAAGACGUCACUGAGUCACCCAAAACGGGAAAGUUAUGCCAUUUAAAAGUCUUCGAAAUUGAGGAAUUGAGCAACACUUUUAUCGAAAAUUCAGAAGAACCAGUGAAUCAUAUAACCUGGAUAUGUCCAUCAAAUGGGUGGUGCUGUGGUGCGGAAUGUUGCCAGUAUUACUACAAAGAUCCAUGGCCACUACUAGGGCCAGACUUUUAUGAACUGAUUGCUGCAGUAGCUGUUUUUGCUGGUUUAUUGGUUAUUCCUGAACUGUAUCGCCGAUGGCGACAACGCAAGAUGGACAACUUGACAAUUCCCGCAGGAACUUCUGGAUACAUCAUGGAGAAUCCAGAAAAUGCGAAAUUCAUAGUGUAGCAUGCCUGU